GCGGCGGGGACAUACUUCAAGAGGCUGCGCAUUCCGUCAGACCAUGAAUUGGAUACACAGAAUCCUGUUUACAGCUUCCGCGUAUCCAGGUUCAAUUUUCCAGCGUCUUCGCUACUUUUCUCUUCCCCCGCCCCCUCCCCCCUCCCCCUUUCUGAUAUCAACCAUGGCUGUCACUGACGAGGAGUCUCGCGAGGCCUUCAACCUCUACGACAAGCUCGGCGAUGGUACCAUCUCCGUCAAGGACCUCCCCGACCUCCUGCGCGCCGUCGGCCAGAACCCCCUCCAGCGCGAGGUCGAUGAGAUCUGCAAGAAGAUCGACCCGUCCGGCAACAAGCGCCUGACCUUCGACGAGUACAAGGCUAUCCAGAACCGCGCCGACGGCUGGAAGGCUCACGGCUCCGAGGAGGAGUUCAUCCAGGGCUUCGCCGUCUUCGACCGCGAUGGCAACGGCCUCAUCUCCGCUGGUGAGCUCCGCUACGUCCUCACCUCCCUCGGUGAGAAGCUCUCCGACCGUGAGGUUGAUGAGCUCCUCCGUGGUGUUGAGCUCAACAAGGACGGCAGCCUCAACUACGAGGAGUUCGUCCGCACCAUCAUCAAGGCUUAAAUGCUUUGUCUCAGCGACAUAUCCAUUUAGUUCCUUCGAAUGUCUCUUGGACCCAUAUACACAACACCUCACAAGAUACAUCUCCCCCUCAUACCUCCAA